AUGUCAACAUCAUUCCAGCUGCCCUAUGUCAUAUUAUGCGAUAUUGAAUAUAUUGUCAAUGAGCUCACUGAUCAAAUCAGCAUUUACCUUGAUAAAUGUAUCACAGCCGACCUUGCCGAUCAAAUUGGCAUUUACCUUGACGAAUAUAUAGCCAUCCUGGCUGAUCAAAUCAGCAUUUACCUCAGCAAGUAUACAGCCACUCCUUUGAGAUUUCCACUCAGCAAUGGUAUAUUGUUGAGGCAAACCUACACCACCAUGUCGAUGUCAUUCCAGCCAACCUAUGUUAUAUUGUGUGAUAUGCAUCUCGAAGCAGUCUCAUAUGUACCUGAAGAUCUUACACCAAUUUACACUGUUACAACCAUACCUUUGAGUGAUAUGAGGCGUGGAAUGCAUCAUGCAUUUUCAACCUUUGAAUUUGUGUCUGCAUUGACCCAAUUCCUGCCCACAGUUCCAAGGAUGACCAGCAUAUAUUCCGCAGAGGAUUUUGAUGCUAAUGGAAAUUUUAUCUCGGGUGGAGCUUUCAUGGAUUUGGUUGCUGGGGGGGGAAAGAGUGGACCUGUUCCCUCAAUCAAUGAGAUCAAUUGGGAUGACCCCUCCCUAUACACCAUGCCACUUAUCAUUGAUGUAAUUGCAGCCAUUACUGAGGACAUCGCCACCAUCAACACAAGUGUCCCUCCCACUCACACGCUGUCACCUCAGCCCUUUGAAACCUCAGCCCAGGAUCUUGAAGGCUUGCCAAGUACCACUGAAGCAGAGAUGUCAGGCACUGGUGGGCAGAUGUCAGAGUUGCUCCGCAAGGGAAACGUGUCCAGCUGGGCUGCACAGAACCAAACCUGA